AUGGCGGCCGGCCCAACAAAGGGAGAAGCGACCGUCGGGUCCGAUGCGCCCCGCGAAAAGGGGAGAGCAACCCCCGACACGCUCAAGACCGGUUGUAUCGCGUGGGUCGAGAAGAAUGGCCAGCCGCGCCGUGCCGAGAUCCUGAGUAUCAAGACGACCAAGAGCGGCAAGCAGUUCUACUGCAACUUUGACAACUUCAACAAGCGUCUGGACGAGUGGGUGCCCUUGGCGCGCAUCGACUUGGAACAGGAUGUCGAGUGGCCCAAGCCAGAGGAAGCCAAGCCCAAGGACUCCAAGACGAAGAAGGCGACCGAGAAGAAGGCCCAGGUAUCCAAGAAGGCGCAGAAGCGUCCGGGGAAGAGGGAUCAGUCUGCAGUAGCGUCUGAGGCCGCAACCCCCCGUCCAACAACAGUCGAAUUCGUCGAACCCGCAGAUGCGCGUAAAUCAUUAUCCGUCGGCCCGGAUGGCGACAGCAAAGAGGCCAGUGCAACACCCGUCGCCCAGGACGGUGCAAUAGCAGGAGCAGAAGCAGAAGACAAGGAAGGUGAAGUGAAGAAGGAGGAUGGCUUCAACCGAGAGCAGGAGAUCGAGAAGCUCCGAACAUCGGGGUCCAUGACGCAGAACCCGACCGAGGUUUCGCGAAUAAGAAACAUCUCCAAGGUGCAGUUCGGAAAGCACGACCUGUUCCCGUGGUACUUCUCACCGUACCCGGAGAUCUUCAGUCAGGAGGACGUCAUCUACCUGUGCGAGUUCUGCCUGGGUUACUACGCGGACGAGGUGUCAUUUGGCCGUCACCGACGCAAGUGUUCGCUGCAGCACCCGCCCGGGAACGAAAUUUACCGCGACGAGUACAUUUCCUUCUUCGAGAUUGACGGACGGCGGCAGCGCACGUGGUGCCGCAACCUGUGCCUCCUGUCCAAGAUGUUCCUCGACCACAAGACGCUCUUCUACGACGUCGACCCCUUCCUCUUCUACGUCAUGGCCACGCGAUCGGACAAGGGCUGCCACAUUGUCGGAUACUUCUCCAAGGAAAAGGAGAGCGCGGACGGGUACAACGUCGCGUGUAUCCUGACCCUUCCGCAGUACCAGCGCAAGGGAUUCGGCCGUCUGCUCAUCCAGUUCUCCUACGAGCUGUCCCGCAUAGAGGGCAAGCUAGGCUCUCCAGAGAAGCCCCUGUCCGAUCUCGGUCUGCUGAGUUACCGACAGUACUGGUCGGAGAAUAUCCUCGACCUGCUCGUGAGCUACAAUGAAAAGGACGAAAAGGCCACCAUCGAGGGCAUCUCGACGGCCCUGGCUAUGACGACCCAGGACGUUGAGCACACUCUCCAGGCCCUCAGGAUGCAGGUCUACCACCGCAGCGAUCACAAGAUUGUCAUACCCGACAAGCUCAUCAAGCAGAGGGAGAAGCAGAUGGGCAAGAAGCGUCGGGUCAUUGACCCUACAAAGAUUCAGUGGAAGCCUCCUGUUUUUACGGCGUCGAGUCGGACAUGGGGCUGGUAG